AUGGGCAACAGAAAAGAGUCGAGAAAGAAACAAGAGGUCCACUUCCAUGAAGAGGAGGAGGACCAACAGCAGCUCGUCGACUUCGAGCCCGAAGGGGAGGACGAAGACCAACACGGAGGAGGUGAAGGCUUACCUCCGAGCGUUGCGGCACAGGCGGACUCCUCCGGAGCUUUCGCCAGCUACCAUCAAUUGGCAGCAGCGUCUCCUGACGGAGUCGGUGCCCGCCUCAUCGUCUGUCGCAACAGCGUCAGAUACGUCGUCUCGUGGAACCUCGUCUCGUGGAACGAGUGCAACUGCACCGACAUCGGUCUGACAUUGAAACCUUCGAAGAUUUCGUUUGGCCCCAAGUCCAUCGAGUGUUUGGGACAUAUUAUUUCGGCUAAAGGUAUUUCUGUUGGGAAGGAUCGUAUUAAAGCCGUCCAAAACCUUCCUACUCCUCGUUGCCUGAAAGAUCUUCGCUCAGUACUCGGGGUGGUUAAUUUUGUGCGCCGGUUCAUACCGGAUUAUGCAGAAAUAACCAAUCCGUUGGUGGAGUUAACUCGCAAAGAGUACGCCACGAAAUCACGUUUCGUAAAAGCUUGGAACAAAUCGCACGACGCAUCGUUCGCUCAUCUAAAGCGGUUAUUAACUUCAGCGCCCGUUCUACACUUCCCAGACUUCGAUCGGGAAUUCGUAGUUCAUGUGGAUGCAUCCGAACAUGGGUGUGGCGCGUUUCUUGCCCAGCCGUCCAAGGCCGAUCCAGAGUCUCUUGACAUGAUUGCGUAUUAUAGCCAUAGAUUCAAAUAUGGACAGCGUCAUUACUCUGCGUCUAUGAAAGAGGGUUGCGGUGUGGUUCUUGCAAUUUCGCAUUGGCGACCGUACUUAUUUGGGAAACACUUUACGGUGAUCACUGAUUAUCAAGCGUUGACUCAUCUUUAUAUGCAAGACACCAGCAACAUGCUACUCGUUGGGCUAUCGCUCUUCAAAAUUAUGAUUUUACCUUCAAACACGUAGCGGGAAAAUCGAACGUCGUACCCGAUACGUUAUCUCGAGAGUCCAUAUCACACAAACCGGCCCUAGCGUCGAUAUGUAGGAAUGUGCCGAGUGAUCGUCCGUACCAUCCUCCUGACCCUCGUGAGUACGAAAUUUCUGCCGAUUCGUUGAACGAUGUUGAUAUCGUCCAUAAUGACAACGAACUGUUCGCUAGUGCUGUAUCGUUAUUUCCUGUACUGGAUCCCGCUAAAUUGCGAAGAGAACAGUACAAAGAGUUCGGUCCGUAUAUCGACUACGUCAAGAAACCCAAAACAGCACCGUUACCGUCUAGCGAAAAUAAAGGCACCAUGAGUAAUUACUUCUUGAAUGAGAACGUUCUAUUCAGGUAUAUACCAAGGUAUCUUCGUAAACGCUGUUCGUUUCGUGAUCAACUUGUCGUUCCCACCGUUUUGCGUGCGUUAGACUUGGAUUCUUGUCAUGAUGCUCCUGCGUCAGGGGGUCAUCUAGCGUUCAAAGCCACGUACGAUAGACUCAGAGAUCGUUUUUGGUGGCCGACCAUGUCUAGAGAUGCGUCCAAACACAUCCAGCAUUGUUUGUCGUGCCAACACCGAAAAACGUCCCACAGACGACCGUUAUUACCUGUGGGUCACCGUCCCGUUACUCGUCCGUUUCAGUGUGUCGCGAUCGAUCUCGUUAAAUAUGAGUCCGUAUCGCAGGGUUGCAAGUACGUCUUGUCGGUCAUUGAUCACCUGACUCGUUUUCUCGUGUUGAUUGCUAUUCGUGAUAAAAAAGCAACAACAAUUGCACAGGCUCUCGUAGAGCGUGUCUUUUCCGUUUUUUCUCCCCCUGAAACGUCACACAGUGAUCAGGGCACUGAGUUCGAGAAUGAGUUGGUUAAAGAGUUGCAGGCCGUGUUUGGUUUAAAAAAAAGCUCGGACGUCCGCGUAUCGGCCGCAAGGCAACUCUGUAUUAGAGCGCGUGCACAGCACAAUGCAUGGCAUGCUCGCAAUGUAUGCAAACGUUCGGUUUGAUAAUUGGGCUGAGCUUUUACCGUUUGUGCAACUCGCCCAUAACACCGCGUACAACCAAACUCUUGAGGAAACUCCUCACUAUCUGAUGUUUGGUCGCCAGGCUUUGCUUCCCGUGGAUGUCAUUCUUGGUGUACCGUCUCAUGAUAGCUCUGCUUCGCGUAUGGAAUAUUCACGUCGUACCGUGGAUAACUUGCAACUCGCGUAUGAGAUCGCUCGUCGUAAUUUGAAAGAGCGAACUGACAAGCAAGCAGACUCGAACGAAAAUUUAUCCGUACCGCAGUUUACUCCUGGGGAACAAGUUCUCGUACAUCGUCCCCACACCGUUAUGGAUGGCCCCAAUCCCAAGCUGAUCAGCCCUUGGCAUGGCCCAUUCACCGUUCGUUCAAAAGUAUCACCCGUCAUCUAUCGUGUUUGCAAAGACGGAGAACUCGCGGAAACUACACUUGGGUCGUAUGAAAAAGUACUAUGCUUUUCAACGUGAUUCUGUCCCCGAUUUUUCUGAAUUGGAUGAGAUGUUUUUGGGACAAACCCUUCCAAUUCCCGAUUUGGAUGGUACCGUGUUUACCGUAAAAAUUGGACCGUACGUCGUCGAGGAUAGACAAAGUUAAACGUGGAGCAGGAAAACCGUCUCUCCAUAACUUCCAAUAUUAUUUCCUCCUCAAAGACCGUCCUGAAAGUCUUGGGUGUUGGAAGCACUUCAAAGAAGUACCCCAGUGUCACGAGAUGAUCCGUUCAUAUCGAGCGUGCGUUCUUCGUGAUAAUCCGCACGCCUUUGAUCAUCUUCCUAGAAAGUAGCACUCGUAGCUGCUUCGUAUCGUGUUUCGUGCUGCGUUUGCCUUAUUCGUUUCGUGUUUCGUUUAUUUUACAAGGGCUUUGUUUAUUUUUUAUAUUUUUGUAUGUACAUACUUCGUAUAUUUCAUUGUUCGUCAUCCAGCACGAUCGUUCGUAGUGCCCGCCGUCCCCAACGUUCCUUCGCAGUCCGGCCGGACAUUGACGUUGUUGGUGGAUACGCCCACGUUGGAUGCAACACCUCGUGGAAGUCAGCAGGCGGAGCCUAGUUUGCGUCGAGGUUCGCCCUCCGCGAUCCAAGCAUGGUUGCGUGUCUUCGUUUCGUCGGACAUGCAUACACCAUUUUUAAGGCAUGACGUUGCCCGUUCGUUGUGUGAUUUGAUUUUACUAUACAUUUCUCUGUUUGAAUGCCGUACGACAUAGUACCUCGUGCGAGCUCCGUAAACGUUUUCAAUUAUGAUUGGAACGUACGUCCGUGUAUAGACAAUCGUGCGUGGUGUGAAGCGUCCAUUACCGUUGUGUCGAUGUCCUUGAGAUACGAGUGCGUCGGGUGGGGUCAGUUGAUACUUUAUGUAGGCGAAUAUGCGCGAUCAGAAGUUCGUCGUUUUCUCGUCCACUCCGUCCUGAAUUGGGGGGUGAUAUCGUCUCAUUUGCAGUUUGGGGGAAUUGCAAUUGAUAAUCGACUUCUGGAUCCAUGCACUUUCGUAUUGUUCGCACGGUUUUGUUCAUGCCCGAUUUGUCUUGUCGUUUGUGUGGUGUAUUUUCAUCCCACACAUCGUUUCUCGCGUGCCGUCCAUUGCGAAGGAGUAGGUGGUGGUCUUGGCCGUGCAAGAGGAAGCACAAGAGGACCGGACUUUCAUUCCACUACUGCGUCAAAUCCAUGCUACAGCACAUCGUUUUGCGAAGGUGUACCGAUUCAGGUAAAAGUCAAUCGACGGAUACCCUGCGAAUCGGAUUCGUUCGUUGUUGCCGCUGCAUAUCGUUUGAGCAACGUUUUCCCAGCGGGUCGACCCACGUCAUUUGCCAUUCGACACUUGUGAAAUUUAAGCCUUGCAAGCAACCGCCUUUCAAAUGUGCAAUGUCAAAUUUUUUUUCGUUGCUGGAUGUUCGUUACGUGCAACUACCAAGCAGUUCACGGCGUUGUCUCAAGGUACUACUGUAGUGUUUUUUUACACUAUCGGUGCAAGACGCGCACCGGAGUGAGUGAUGUUUUUCCUGUAGACACGUCGUUCGUCGUACGGUAGAUCACAUGUUGCCUACAGCGCCGAGGCGGACUGAAGUGACAUGUUCCGUACACCUUUCGUCAUCUGUGUAGUUAUUCAAUCGUCGUGCGGGAAUAGUUGCCAAAAUUCCUGAAUUGCUCUCGUGCAAGCUGUGGUGGUGACUGCGCUAUGUACGAUCGAUGCUCGGAUGAGAUAUUUUGGUGACACGUUCCAAAUUUCAUAACUACAAAACACAAAGCGUUCGUUGAAUGAUGGCAGUCGCCGUACGUUUCGGCCCAAGUCAUUUAACUCAUGUUUUUCAUCAGUACUUCACAAUUUCAUACAAUCUGAGGUAUUUAUGUCGUUCUUGUAUCUUUCAAUCCGGAUUCAGGCCGCGAGAUUGAAGAUAGGGGGGUGAUGUGAAUGCCACCUCAGACUGUCGUAGAUUGUGACGUCAGAUGACCUGUCGGAGAUCUACCUUCGGGGUGUUACCAAAGAUAGAGUCAGUGCAGGUUGGAUGCUGAACCUUGUUUCAACACAAGGUUGAUCCCCACCUGCCACACUCACACAGACUCGACUCAACGUUCCGUACAUCAGCCUCUCCACCAGAGGUUGAUCCGGUGUGUAUCCACACCGCCCAUCCCUAAGGGAACUUGCUCACACGCGAACCUGGAGACAACAGUCUC